AUGCUGCUGAUCAGAACCAGCAGGAGCGGAUUCUGCACCCUUCAGAAAACAUACUGGUAUGGGAAAAUGUUGAGGACCUACCCUGCAGUAUGCUUGGCUUGGCAACCCUACUGCUCCCAUGGCACUUGGAACUGUGCUGGAGGCACUAGACGCAGGCUUAUGGCAGCCGCUGGUGCUGCCCUGGGAAUGGGCACCAUCUUGGCCUAUGCAGACCACCAUCGACAGGCCACUGAGGUCGACCCCCCACCUGACCCACCAUUUCCGGUCUUCACACGGCAGGAAGUGGCCCGCCACCACAGCGAGGCGGAUCGAGUAUGGGUGACGUACGGCAGCGAUGUGUUCGAUGUCACAGAUUUCUUAGAGUUGCAUCCUGGGGGGAAAAGCAAAAUUCUUCUGGCGGCGGGAGGUGCAUUGGAACCCUUCUGGGCUCUCUACGCCAUGCAUAAACAGGAACAUGUGCUGGAGCUUCUGCAGGGGUACAAAGUUGGGGAGCUGAGUCCAGAGGAGCCUCCCCAGCCGACCCCGGGAGAUCCGUAUGCUGAGGAUCCUCCACGACAUCCUGGCCUUAAAAUCAACACUUUGAAGCCCUUCAAUGCAGAACCCCCUUCAGAGCUGCUCGGAGAGAACUAUCUGACUCCCAACCAGCUCUUCUUCAAACGCAACCACCUUCCUGUUCCAAUGGUGGACGCAGCUACUUACCGGUUGCAUGUACAGAAUACCUGUGGCCGGACGCUGUCUCUUUCUCUUCAGGACUUGAAAAGAAAUUUUCCUAAGCACAAAGUGACCGCCACGGUGCAGUGUGCUGGCAAUCGCCGUGAGGAGAUGAACGCUCUCCAGAACACCAACCGGCUAGGAUGGGGCAUUGGGGCUAUUAGCACAGCAUGCUGGGGUGGCGCCCGCCUUCAGGAUGUCCUGCUGCAUGCUGGGUAUAAGCCAGGCGACGAGGGCCAUGUCAGCUUUGAAGGGCUGGACAAAGAUCAGAGCGGUACCGUUUACGGUGCCUCCAUCCCUUUUAAGAAAGCGAUGGACCCCGAAGGGGACGUCCUCCUGGCUUAUGAGAUGAAUGGGGAGGAACUGCCUCGGGAUCACGGGUUCCCUCUCCGAGUAGUCGUGCCAGGGAUAGUGGGUGCUCGAAAUGUCAAGUGGCUGGCCCGUAUUUCGGUGGGCCCAGAGGAAAGCAAAAGUCACUGGCAGCAGAAGGAUUAUAAAGGAUUCUCUCCUUCUGAGACAUGGGACACGGUGGACUUUUCCAAGGCCCCUGCCAUCCAAGAGUUGCCGGUCCAGUCAGCCAUCACUGAGCCCUGCCCUAAUGCCUCUGUCACCCCUGGUGAACUCACGGUGAAAGGCUAUGCUUGGAGUGGAGGUGGGCAGAGUGUCAUCCGUGUGGACGUCUCGCUGGAUGGUGGAAAGAGCUGGCACGAGGCAAAGCUGAUUGGGGAGAAGCAGGCGCCUGGCCGAGCCUGGGCGUGGAAGCUGUGGGAGCUGAAGGCUUUUGUGCCUCCCGGUACCAAGGAGCUGAACAUUGUCUGCAAGGCUGUGGACAGCAGCUACAACCAGCAGCCUGAUGCCGUUAGACCCAUCUGGAACAUUUUGGGAGUGCUCAACAAUGCGUGGCAUCGGGUACAUGUCUCUGUUGGUGAGGACUAA